GUGUGCAAUGGACGGCGGAACCCAAACUAGGAGCAUGUGGGGUAUAUAGUCGGUGAAGCUGAGAUCAACGUGUCUUAAAGACAGUAUUUGUGAAUUCUUAACAUUCCUCUCCUCCCAUUUGGGAUGGGGUCACAUCAUCACAGUCUCUUCAGUCCCCAUCAGAAGGAAGAAGGUUCCCCCUCCCAAUUCCCUGGACCAUCUCAGUGGUUGCAGCCCAGAAGUUUAUUCCAGGCUGCAGCCAGCUGGAGCCCCCAGCCUGCCAGAGCCAAGAGCCCAGGUGGGGUCAAGAACCGAAGCUACAGGAUGUUGACAACGUUGCUGCCACUGCUGCCUCUACUGCUCCUGCCCGGCUGGGCCCUCUGUAGCCAGGAAGCCUCAGGUGGCCCGCAGGACCUCCACAUGCUCCAGGUCUCCUACUUCCGCAAUCCCUCUCAAGUGUGGCACCAGGGAAACGCCACGCUGGGGGGGGUUCUGACGCACGUGCUGGAAGGUCCGGGCAACAACGUCACGAUCGAACAGCUGCAGCCCUUGCAGGAGCCCGAGAGCUGGACGCUCACAAAGAACCGCCUGGUGCGCUACCUGCAGGAGUUCCUGGGCUUGGUGCAGGUGGUGCACCGCGAGCGGGGCGUGGCCUUUCCUCUGACCAUUCGCUGCUUCCUGGGCUGCGAGCUGCCUCCUGAGGGCUCUAGAGCCCAUGUCUUCUUCGAAGUGGCUGUGAACGGGAGCGCCUUUAUAAAAUUCCGGCCAGAGACAGCCUCAUGGGUGGCAGAGCGUCAGGCAUCCUCCACAGUGGUCACUUACACUCUGGAGCAGCUCAACAAGUACAAUCGUACUCGGUACGAACUGCAGGAAUUUCUGCAGGACACCUGUGUGCAGUACGUGCAGAAACACAUCACGAAUAACUCGAAAGGGAGCCAAACAGGCCACUCCUACACUUCGCUGGUCCUGGGCAUCCUGGUGGGCUGUUUCAUCAUCGCUGGAGUGGCUGUAGGCAUCUUCCUGUGCACAGGUGGACGGCGGCAGCGCUAAUGACUCUCCAGCCCCUUCCGGAAAAGGGCUAGACUGAUGAAGGCUGGCAAGGGAAGAUCUCAGCUCACUGCAGAACCAUACAGAUUCCCCAUCUGGAGCAUUAUAUUCCAGAAGAUUUGGAGUAGCAGCUCAUUUCUUCAAGAUCUGCCCACCAAGAGUUUGGGGGAGGAAAAGGGAGGAGCCUAAGUAGACAAGAUACUUGGUUUGCUAAGAACCUAAGAACUUGCAUACUUUGCUGAAUUGGUCUGAAAAGUGAAUGCUUAUCAGUAUUUGUGGAAAACAGAUGAUGGAGUUGGGGCAGUGGGUGUGGUCUAUGGCCCAUCUUCCAAAGAUAGAGUCACCUGAGUCAUUCAAAACACAUAAACAAAUAAAACAAGUCAUCCACAACCCUAAUAACCAACAUUCAGUGCUUCCAGAUGUGUUAGACUUGGGACAGGACACUGGUACAAUAGUGGUAGAAAUAACCAGAAAAAUGGUGGAAGCAUAAAAUCCAAAUAAUAUGGGAGUGAGGAGUUAUUAAUUAAUAUAAAUAAAUUCCUUACUUAUGUAUAUGGAAUUAUUAUUUCCUCUACUUUGCAAACUUUUGGGAAAGUAGCCUAUGCCCUUUGCUUCUACUUCCUCAUCUCUCACUCACUCUUCAAUCCACUGCAAUCUGACUUCUCUGUAAACUGCUCUAAGAUCAUUAAUGACCUCUAAGUGUGAAACCUUCAUCUUCCAUGAUAUCUGCAAAGUUUUACUUUGUGGACUAGGACUCUCUUUUUACCCUAACUUCUGAGAUAGCAGGCUUCUAAUUUUUAACAACUCUUCUGGCCAUUCAGUCAAUCCCUUUGCCUAUCUCAUCUUUCUCAAUUCACCUUUGAAAUGCUGGCUUCCUUAGAACUCCAUUUUUUAGCUCCUUUUGUUCCCCUUUCAACUAUACCUUUUCCAGUGACUUUCCAUGACUUCAAAUACCAGCUAUAUGUGGUGGUUUCCAUGGGGAAGCAAUGUCAUAAUGUCUUUGAGAGCAUGUGUUUUGUCAUCAGAAAGAUGAGUUUUACUUCUUUGAGCUAGGCAUUUAACCUCUUCAAGUCUCAGUUUCUUCAUAAACAAAAGGUAUAAUAAAAUAUGCAAAAAGGGUAUAAUAAAAACAAUGCCUACCUCACAGAGGCAUUUUGAGUAUUAAAUAAGAUAAUAUAUAUAAAUAUAUGCAUAUAAUAUAUGCAUACUCAAUAAAUAUAGCACUUGCUCCUGACCUCCAGACCCCCCCAUUUGCCUUGAUUCUUGAAAAUCAUCUCUACGUUAAUAUUUUGCAGACAUUUCAGAGUCGACAUAUUCAAAAUGAAAUUCCUUAUCUUUCUCCCCAAACUUGUUCUCUCUUCUUUUGUUUACUCUCAGUUAAAAAGAAUUACUAUCAAAUCGUAUCAAUGUAGAGGCCUCAGUGUUAAACUUUGUUUACUCUCUCUUCAUCUGCACCUACAAAAUACAAUAUCUGUAGACUCUGUUCCCUCCUUUCCACUCCAUUGCUUUUAUUCAAGAUACCAUAAUUCAUCUCUUUCUUUGUGGUAGGCAUAGAGGUGUGCCACCCAAUUCCACCUUCAAGGAAAGUCUUGCUGUUCACCUACAAGGAGCAUAGUCAACAGAUAACCUCCAGCUUCUUCAGUUCCUUCAGUGUCUGCCUCAUCUGCAAAGAACAGUCCUGCAUGAGGGGAUACUCAUUCAGUGACUGAGCAAAGCAGGGGUAAAAAGGUUCAGCCAUUCUGGCCCACUGCAAUUCUGAUGAGCUGUAUUCACUCCCAGCUCCUUGACAGGUUGGCUGGGUCUUUGUUGGCUCUACACUGCAGUUUGACUUCUUCCUCUAUUCAAUCUUGCUUCCUCCCCCUAGGUAAUAUCUUGCACCUCAAACUCUGUCUCAGCAUCAGCUUCCAGGAAACCCAACCUGUGACUGACAAUUUCUCUCUCUGUCUCCAAACUGAGAAAGUCUCUCAGUCUUUUGACUGGACCAUGGCAAUAGCCUCCUCCUAAUUUUUCUCCUGGCCUCUGCCAUAGCUAGAUGGAGGGGAAAAGGGAAAAUUAUAGUUAUCUUUGGCUUCUCUUGUGGGAGGUGAUACCCUAUCUUCCAUUAAGAUUCACACAGAAGAAGAGGUUUCAGAUGUAGGGAAAACAAAAAACAAAACAAACCCCUAAAUUUUCACUGUAUCUCUCACCAUCAAUUUAUUUACUUAUGCAGUAAGUGUUUAUCAGUAACUUCCAAAUGCAAGGUUUUAUGCUAUGUACUUUGGAGAAUAUAAAAUGAUUAAGACAUGAUCCUUCUUGAGGAGCUCAUUGUUUACUUGGGAAGAUAAAACAUAUACAAAUAAGAGUAAUACAAGACAGGCUAUCCAAAUAAAUGGAAGAAACAUAAAUAAAGAUGCUAUGUUGUGAUUUA